AUGGCGCUCUUUGGUCGUCUUCCUACCAUGAUGAGAGAGGAACCGAAAUUAGCCGGUAAGGGGAGGAGGGGUGAAAUGGCAAAGAACGCAGACGAGAAUAUUUUGAAAGUGGUCCCAACCUUGAUGCCCAAAGUGCAGGAAGACGAAAAGGAGAAGGCCAAUGCGCGUGGCCUUGGCCAUGACAUCUUCCACCUUCCUCCUGGAAUGAACGCAGGUGGAGUGGUCCGGGACUAUCUGAAGCAGGUCCAUGGCUAUAUCUGGAACAUAGAAGCUUUGAAGUCCCUCCAGGACCCAAAGGUUCUCUAUGUGUUUACAGUUCCGGCGUCCUUCUCCAAGCCCGCUCAGCUAGCGAUCAAAGACGCUGCCUCAGAAGCUGGAUUUCGCGAUGGGACAAUCUAUCUGGUAAAGGAGCCGGAGGGCGCUGCCACGCAUGUCUUCGAACGCGGACUUCUAUCAGAACUCAAGGAAUACGAGAAGAUCAUGGUAGUUGACCUUGGUGGAGGGACGGUGGACAUUGCCACGUAUAUGGCAUCGAAAGUCGAGGACACCUUGCAGACCAAAUACUUGGAACCUUCUGAAGGCCUGGUCUCUCUUCCGGCUUAUUACAAUCACACUAACCUCUCCGAUAUCGAUCGCAACUUCCACGAUCUUUUGAGUUCGCGUUUUGGACAGAAAUUUUCAAAGCAACCUGUCAACUGCACGGGCCCGGGUAGCCCCCUGAUGGAACUAUUCGAGUAUUACAAGAGAACAAUGACCGGAGAUGAAGCAAGCACCAAGAAACUCCAGUUUUAUCUGCCGAUGGAUCUAGACAAUCCGAACCCACGGCACCAUGAUGCCGACGCCCAGGAGAUUAUCCUGUCCAUGGAUGAUUGGGGGGAUAUUUUCACUCCAGUCCUAGAUGAGAUCAAACUGUUUAUCCAGGAUCAGUUCAACAAGGCAAAAGGUCCUUUCAAGUACAUUGUGCUGGUGGGUGGGUUGGCGAACAUUCCGUGGAUCAGGAAUGCCAUUCGCCAAUCCUUUCAUUCCGACCAGACUCUUGUGAUUUGUUGCCCACAACCGGAGUUGGCCGUAGUACGCGGAGCCUUAGGACGUCUAAGCUCGGAUUUUAAACAAUUGGUAAUCUCUCCGUGGUAUUACGGGGUUGGAAACCUGAAGAACGAAGAGAUCACCUGGUUAUUCAACAAAGACGAGCAAUAUUCCGACGGCAAAAGUCCCAUCAAAGGUUUCACCUUGACGCACAAGCAAGGUGAUUCUAAGUGCAUCCAAAUUCCUGUGUAUGGUUGCAACAGAGCGAAUAGUCCCCGAUUCACUAAAGGCAAUGGAGUGUUACACCUUGGGUACUUCACCCUCGAUCUUCGCACCAUCAAUUUGGGAAAGAUGUGGCAUGUAGAAGGCGAUGAGGGACGUCUUGAAUAUAAGAUCGAAUUCACCCGACAGAUGGCAUAUGUUGGUAAAGCAGGGGUGCUUCAGAUCAGGGCCCUGACGUUGGGGGGAAUGUUGAUCGGAAAGUUAUUGGAAAUGGAGAUGGAUAUCGCCGCCCCUGUUUAUUUUGGAUUUUCUGUCUUCCUGAUGUUCGUUUUCAUUGUUGUUGCGUUCAUUCCCUCACCGUGUUUCUCUUAA